GACCUCAUACUUCAAUAUGAGUGAUUGCAUUCACGGCAUUAAUGUCUAUGGAGCAUUCAACACAAGAUUUAAGUUCGUUCAUCCAGCAACGUAAUAAUUAAAUGAAAAUAAAUUCACUAAUUAAACUACAGAACCGUCUCAUCUAAUGAUUCUUGUUUUUUUGUUAUCACAAACUUGUUUUUGUACGCGGGCGUGAUGUUGGGUUUACUCGCACCAUCUCGUUAUAAAACAGUUGUCCACAAGCUUCCUAUAUAAGUACUCGUUUUGUAAAUAUAAUCCGACAACAUGAUUUUUAUUUCUUGACGGUCACUAUAGUUAUUGUUGAGCAUUUUUGUUAUAUAACAAAACGAAUAUAUAUUUUAAGACGCGUUUAUUAACUGUAAUUGAAUUUAAAAUGUGUUAUUUGAAUAUUAUAUUUCUAACAUGUGCAUUGUUAGCAACAUCAAUAGCACAAAACAGCUCAAAAGAUGCUAUCGGAUUCCCGGAAAUGGAAGAAAAUCCCGAUUUGAGAAAUAAAGAGAAUCGCCAACCAGUGUUCAUUCCGGCAAGAUGUCCGGACAACGAAUUGUUCUAUCCGGGAGACCAAAAAGACGACUGGAUUUGUGAUUGCAGACCAGCGCACCUAUAUCACCCAGGAACAGACAAAUGCUGGCCAGCUUUUCGACAAGGUCCAUGUGAAGUCGGACAGUAUCUAGUUCUUCCACAAAAUUCAGUAAUUCCGGUUUGCGAGCAAAACCCUUGCAACACGGAUACAUUAGUUCAAUUGAAUGGGAAUUGUGAAAAAUUGGGAUCUAUAGCUCCUUGUAAUCAUUUAUACCCGGUAUCUUCAUCAUUAGGAGUUAAUUCUACAACAUUAGUAGUUAGCUGCGUGACGCUUUCUCUUGAGACAAGGUUUACAGAAGUAAUAGGAGUGCUAUGUCCUCCUGGGAGUAGACGAAGUGUUAAUGGUAAAUGUGUUCCUACUCUUUUAUAAAUAUUAAAUUAUUUUUAUUUCUAAGUA